GUCAAUACCAGGAAGUUCCAACACAGUCCAUGUUGUUAGCAUGUUGUCAGCUAGCUAGACGUGUUGCUCUGAAGCUGAGUAUCUCUCGCUGGCUUUAUUAUCUUUACAAACAAAGUGAAACAGUCGUAUUUGGUUUGCUAGUUCAUCGUUUUAUGUUGGACUAAACACACUCGUUUCUACUUUGAAUCAGCAGUUUGUGCUAUAAUGCGUCAUUAUCGUGUGUGUUAGCAGGCUAACUAACGAGCUAACAGCUAGCUGAGGUUGUUUUGGUUUUUAAUGUUAAACAUUAACGUCACGUCCCCGCUGCCUGGACUCAGUCUACAGGGCUAAUAACGCACAUUGAACGAUUCAUUUUGCUAUAAUCCAGAUUAAUCAGGAGGUUAUUGUGUCUGUGACUUUACAGAGGAGAGUUAGUGUACAUUAAGUGAACCAGCUGCUUAGUUAACGUUAUCUGUCGCUUAGCUACCAGAGCUGGACCGUCUGGUGGGUACCUUGCCCCGAGCAGUGGACGUCUGGCGAGCUGAAGAGGCUCCUCUGUGAACCGGAUCCAAUGCGUGGGAUGAUGGGCACCCAGAGUAGUCCAGUCAAGAGUUACGAUUACCUCCUGAAGUUUCUUCUGGUGGGAGACAGCGAUGUUGGAAAGGGAGAGAUCCUGGACAGUUUAAAAGACGGAUCAGUAGAGUCUCCCUAUGCUUACAGCAGUGGGAUUGAUUACAAAGCCACCACAAUCCUGCUGGAUGGGAAAAGAGUGAAAUUAGAGUUAUGGGACACAUCUGGGCAAGGCAGAUUCUGCACCAUCUUCAGGUCUUACUCUCGUGGAGCACAGGGCAUCCUGCUCGUGUAUGACAUCACUAACACCUGGUCGUUUGAUGGCAUUGACCGCUGGAUACGGGAAAUUGACGAGCAUGCCCCAGGUGUACCCAGGAUCCUGGUGGGAAAUCGGCUUCACUUGGCUUUCAAGCGGCAGGUGCCGACCGAGCAGGCAAGGGCCUAUGCAGAAAAGAACAACAUGACUUUCUUUGAGGUCAGUCCACUGUGCAACUUCAACGUCAUCGAAUCCUUCACAGAACUUUCACGCAUUGUGCUGAUGAGGCACGGGAUGGAGAAAUUCUGGAGGCCCAACAGAGUCUUCAGCCUCCAAGAUCUGUGCUGCCGCUCCAUCGUCUCCUGCACACCGGUGCACCUUAUUGACAAACUGCCCCUACCUGUGGCCAUCAAGUCCCACCUCAAGUCUUUCUCCAUGGCCAACGGCAUGAAUGCAGUCAUGAUGCAUGGACGCUCCUACUCGGUGGCGAACAGUGCAGCCGCAGGCGGUAGCGGCGGCGGAAGCAAAGCCAACAGUCUGAAACGCUCAAAGUCCUUCAGGCCUCCACAGAGUCCUCCAAAGGACUCGUCGUCAUCCUCUAAGGGGAACUGUAAGAUUUCAUAGUGAAGGAGCGGACUAACGGUUGCCUCCAAUAGGCCAGUAUUAAAGGUGUUGUUGCUCCAAGAGGUCACGAGGCCAUGGAAGAGCACGGAGAGCCCCCAGCAAUCUCCACCAGAAACGGAUAUAGCUGUGAACUCACAUUGACCUUUGGGAACUGACUCGGAUGGUUGGAUUGGUUUCUGUCGUCUUUGCGCUUGCCGGUGCCAUCUUGCGGAUGUCCGUUACUCUUUACUACAGAGGCUCACUAUGAUCAAGUAGAACAAGAUUUCCCCGGGACCAACAGAUGUGAAUCAAGGAUUAUCGCUUACCUGUUAACACUACAAACGAGUGGAGGGACAUUAGCUAGCCUUUAUUCGGAAAAGGAUUGUAUUUAAAGUUGUAAAUAUGCUGUAUGUGCUGUUUUGGUCUGUGUUUGGUGAUUGCUACUCGGAGAGGAGCUUCUUAUGCUUGUUUUGUGUUGAAUGUUGUGGGAGACACCUGCUUUGGUGUGCAACUUAUUUGUGUGUCUUAUGCCUUUUUGUCUACCGUGGUAAAUGCCCGUUGCAACCUCAAGGGUGCUGAGCUACUUAUUUAAAACUCAGAUGAGUUAUGUUUUAAAUAAGACUGGCUUAAAUUGAAUGUCAUGAGAAGAGCAGGGUUAGUUAACCAGACAGACUAGUACUGGAUUUAAGGAGAAAAAAUCCAUUGAAAAACACUCUUAGUCUAGCACUUCUCAAUGUGUGAACUGUCCAGCAAAGUCGAGCCAAGUUUUGAAGACUUCCUGUGGUGCCCCCUAAUUUCAGCCCAAAUGAAUUCACCCUCCAUCUCCAUCAGUCGUCGGUUUGAACAUCUGUUGACUUUCUCAGGCCAUUUGUGCCUCUAAAUCUAAUAUCCUUAGUGGCAUCAUCGUCGCUUUAACUGCUUUCAACCAUCAACAACAUGAUCACUUAUCAAUCUAUUAACUCUUGGGGCGGCUAUUCAGAGAUUGCUUGGCGCUGAUGAGUAAACCGUGUACAAACUCAAGAUGUGCUGAGUGUUUGCUCAGUCACGGCGUUUUGCCUUCAGAAAGCACUGCAGUCAUGUCUGGUCAUGUCUCUAAACAGGAAACUCACUAGAUAUCUGUGAGUGGAAUAUUUUAAUUGGCUUUUUUUUGGGAUCUUUUAUGUAUAUGCAAUGUAUUUAUGAAUGUAAAACAAUAUUCAUCUGCUACUUUGCUGUGGCCAUGUGGUAAUAUGUGUGAAUCAGAGGUGGAAAGUUACAGGGUACAUCUAAUAUUGUGAUAUUUUUAUUAAGUAUUUGUACCGUAAGUUCAUUCUUAUUUUCUAACCUUAAAAAUGUGCGUAUAACGAUGUAUCGUCAGAUGAACUUGAAGACUUAUCGAAAGGGCGCACAAAGUAUUUUAUAGGGAUGCACCGAUCCAACUUUUUCAAUCCCUAUACCGAUAACAAUACCUGGGUUUAAGGUAUCGGCCGAUACAGAGUACCGAUCCGAUACCAGUGUUUAAUUAAUAAGCUGUAUGUCUCACUGUGUGGAAGUGACUGGGAUCAUUCUUUUAUGUGUAAGGCAACAUCAGACUUGACUUAAAAAUUACUUUCUUAACUUUUUAAAACAAAAUGUGAUCAAAUAAAUACACAGAUAUAAAAUUUAUUUAAUGGUUCAUUAUAAUUAAAAUAAUAAAUCGUACACCAGCUACUUGGUAAAAAGUCUUCCAAAAUUAACCAUAUUAACAUUUCAAGUGUAAACCUUUUUAAUGCAGCAACAAACUGGUCAAAACUUAAACAGGAAUUUAAAUUACAGUAUAUAAUGUAUAUAAACAUAGAAUUGAAUUGAAUAGAUCGGCCCCAUUGUC